CCAGUCCUCUGGGUUUAAUUUUACGCAUAACUCCAUCUUUCUUGGAUCUCAUUGAUAGGAAGCUAUCUCAAAAGAAGACCACUCCUCUUAAUGGACCAACUUCGGGUACUAGUAUAGAAAAACAACAGACCAGAAAUGAUGAAUUUAACAUUUAACCCACAUUAAUGAAAUGGAAGGCUUCAAAUUUUCCUGCAACAAAAUUCAAGAUCGGCUGUUGGGAGAGGAAGUCAAGAAAUGAAGGUGAUAUUGUAGCUAAGUUUUACUAUGCUAGGCGAAAACUUGUUUGGGAGAUACAAGAAGAAAGAUUGAAAAAAAAGAUUGAGAUCCAAUGGACCGAUAUCUCAGCAACCAGAGCACGAUUCAUACGGGAUCAACCAGACAUUCUGGAAGUUGAGUUAAGGCAGCAGCCCAUGUUCUUUAAAGAGGUAAAUCCACAGCCAAGAAAGCAUACUAAUUGGGAAGCUUGUUCUGAUUUUACCAGUGGGAAUGCAACCACAUGCAGGAGGCACUAUCUUGAGUUUGCAGAAGGAACUUUGGAGAAACAUUAUGAAAGGCUUUUACGUUCUGAUCAUCGGCUACUUACGUUGAGUCAGAAAGUUUUUGCAAGCCAUGAUUCUCAGUUUUUUGAAACCGUUAAUAGCGACAUGCAAGAUAUGUGCAUGCUCACACCAAAAUUUCCACCUAUUUCAAAUCAACCAUCCAGCAACUGGUGUCCACCUCAUCUGAAUCAUAUUGACAAUCAAGGGAGUGCUCCUACUCACAUGUGGACCUUUGAAUCUCUUGAUCCAGCAGUUGGUGCCAACCAUCCACUUUCACUGCUGACACCAACACCCAGAGUUAUACAAAUGAAUUCACCAAGUUCAGUCAUGGAGUGCCUACCAACUAUGAAUCAAGGUGCAAGUUCUUUGAAUCCAAUGACAUCCUACUUGGCAGACAACCUUGCACUUAACAAUGGCAACUCUGCAACAGAUUCUACCCUGAACAGAAUGACUCAGCUUUGCAAUCAAGACAUUCAAAGUUUGAGAAGGGUCGAUGACAUAAGCGAGCGACAAAUCCAACAACUACCCUGGGACACCUGCGCGACUCCAGCUCCUAAUUUUCUUCCUGGGCGAGUCUCUGCUAAUACCUUAUUAACUCAUACAGCUGAAACAGAAAAUUUCUAUGUCCCGAGACAAGGUCAAUCACUCGAGGAGCAUUUAAUGAGCGAGUCAGAUGAUCUGGAUGCAUUUGCUGCUGAUGACUCUAGGCUUCUUUCUUCAGUAAAAUCUAUUGGGUCAGUCAUUUACUAAGAAGCACCACCAGAUUCACAACCGCAAUCCUCAAAUGAACUGGAUGAUGGUAACCAAAACACCGAUGGCACAAAGUCUCUUUGGAAUCAAGGGACUCCAAGCAGUUAAUCCAUUCUAUGACUAAUUCCCAUGGCACCUACAAUUAAUCAUCAAACCUUCAUUAGG